AUCUAAACAAGGGAGCUCACUCAGUGGGUUUGAUGUGGUGGAUGCUGGCUCGGGAAGUUCUGUGCAUGCGUGGCACCAUUUCCCGUGAACAUCCAUGGGAGGUCAUGCCUGAUCUCUACUUCUACAGAGAUCCUGAAGAGAUUGAAAAAGAAGAGCAGGCUGCUGCUGAAAAGGCAGUGACCAAGGAGGAAUUUCAGGGUGAAUGGACUGCUCCAGCUCCUGAGUUCACUGCUACUCAGCCUGAGGUUGCAGACUGGUCUGAAGGUGUACAGGUGCCCUCUGUGCCUAUUCAGCAGUUCCCUACUGAAGACUGGAGCGCUCAGCCUGCCACGGAAGACUGGUCUGCAGCUUCCACUCCUCAAGCCACUGAAUGGGUAGGAGCAACCACUGACUGGUCUUAAGCUGUUCUUGCACAG